AUGCUGUCUCGAGGAUCCGCCACCACCGCGCAGCUCCUGCGCUCCGCCACCGCCGGCCCCAUCAUCCCCGGCGGCGCCCGCGCUGCCUACGCGACCAUCCAGUCCGACAUCUUCAAGCCCACCAAGUUUGGCGGCAAGUACACCGUCACCCUCAUCCCCGGUGAUGGUAUCGGUGCCGAGGUCGCCGAGAGCGUCAAGACCAUCUUCAAGGCCGACAACGUCCCCGUCGAGUGGGAGCAGGUCGACGUGACCGGUGUCGACGCCUCGUCGGGCCGCACCGAGGACCUCUUCCGCGAGUCCGUCUCCUCCCUCCGCCGCAACAAGCUCGGCCUCAAGGGCAUCCUGCACACCCCCAUCUCGCGCUCCGGCCACCAGUCCUUCAACGUCGCCAUGCGCCAGGAGCUCGACAUUUACGCCUCCAUCUGCCUCAUCAAGAACAUCCCCGGCUACCAGACCCGCCACAACAACGUCGAUCUCUGCAUCAUCCGUGAGAACACCGAGGGCGAGUACUCGGGCCUCGAGCACCAGUCCGUCCCCGGCGUCGUCGAGUCGCUCAAGAUCAUCACGCGCGCCAAGUCGGAGCGCAUCGCCAAGUUUGCCUUUAACUUUGCCCUCGCCAACUCGCGCAAGAAGGUCACCUGCAUCCACAAGGCCAACAUCAUGAAGCUCGCCGACGGCCUCUUCCGCUCCACCUUCCACCAGGUCGCCAAGGAGUACCCCAGCCUCGAGGUCAACGACAUGAUCGUCGACAACGCCUCCAUGCAGGCCGUCGGCCGCCCCCAGCAGUUCGACGUCAUGGUCAUGCCCAACCUCUACGGCGGCAUCCUGUCCAACAUUGGCGCUGCCCUCGUCGGCGGCCCCGGCAUCGUCCCCGGCUGCAACAUGGGCCGCGACGUCGCCGUCUUCGAGCCCGGCUGCCGUCACGUCGGUCUCGACAUCAAGGGCAAGGACCAGGCCAACCCCACCGCCCUCAUCCUGUCCGGCUCCAUGCUCCUGCGCCACCUCGGCCUCGACGACCACGCCAACCGCAUCUCCCAGGCCGUCUACGCCGUCAUUGCUGACGGCAAGGUCCGCACCCGCGACAUGGGCGGUGAGUCCACCACCCACGAGUUCACCCGCGCCAUCCUCGACAAGAUGGAGACCCUCUAA